UCUGUUUACAGACUCUGGGGGACACCCCCUCCAUUUAGCAGAGAUUCCUUCUUUGAUGACUUUUCUCCAUCUUUUUUUGAGGCUGAUGUAGCUGCCGAAGUUGAGUGGUUAGUAUUCACAACAUAUUUUUAGAGAUCUUUAGAUUCUCAGACAAGGAUAACUAUGAGGAAAAGAUUUUGACAAUACUCAUCAUCAUGUGCACGAAUCAGCUUCAUUUUAGUGGGAAAAUGUAAAAGGCAUCAUCAUUCUACUGCAAGAAUGUCCUAGUUAUUGAAUAUUAGAAGCUUUAUCAUUUUUGUAAUCGGGAGAGGGCUACACCUCCUUCAAUUACAACAACUGUGCUCGCUUUUCUGGUGGAAAAAAGUACAGUGAACCUUUCGUUUACUGUAUAUUUUUGGAGAAAACAUGACCAAACUUUAAAAGUCAAGUCUUGCCUUCAUAGUCAUCCUUGUUUUCGAAUCUUAAAGGCCUCUAUUACUUAAAAUAGUUUAGUUCGCUGCUGGCAACCACCGAUUUGAGUUCCUAAAUUAAAAACUAGUCCAUAUACCAGAAGAUUAUGAUUUUCCUUUUUUUUUUUAUUGAGUCAAGACUGAUGAAUGAACUGAUAUGCAGAGAAAUGUUAAAAAGACAGGUUUAUCACUGUGUGAACAAAGUAGAGUUUGGCAAAAACAUUUAAAAGGCACGGCAAAUUCAUAUUUUCAGCAGCAGCUAUGAUCUUCAGCAAGUGAGUAAUGCUGGCUUGGAUAUAGCAUUCCAUCAGUAUCUUCCAGGACUCAAUGAGCAUGCUGCAGAUACUCUGUAUGCACACAGUGUCCCUUGUUGCUUCUUACCAUGAGGCAAGACCACUAUGUUUUGAAUAAAAUUGUAAACCUAUGAGCAAGCUCUCUGGGGUGCUUUUGGUGGUGGGUGGAAAAAGGAAGGAGAGCUUGCAACCACGUCUGUGGAAUUUGAAUAUCUCAUCGAAAAAGUCGAUGCGAAAUGCUGAUUGGUGGAGAUGACAUCAGUAAUGACGUCAUUACCCUUGGCUUGUGUUUUUCAAUGUUUGUUUACUUUCGUGCUUGUUUCCACUUCGCACUGAUUGGCGAAAAUCAGAGAGCGAGUCGACUGGGAGCCACAGGGGAAUUGGACGUGGAAGUUAAAUUCCAGAGAUGUAGUUGCAAGCUCUACUUCCUUUUUCCACCUUGCCAUCAGAGUGACCUGGAGAGCUUGCUCACAGGCUAUGAAGUUGCUGGUCCCUGUUCCCUGUGGCACAUUCCUAAGCCAAUGAUUAUAUGAUUUAGUUUUGUUAAGCAUGUUUUUUAAUUUUAUUUUUGGAAUUUUCUUUGAACUUUUUGCUGUUGUUGUUCUGUAGUGGCCAAGAAGUAGACUGUAAGGAUGACGGAAACUACUGGUACAGAGAAUCAACUUCUGCUGCAUCGUCUGUUAAUGCUUCAGAAUAUAAUUCUGAUGAUGGAUUUAUUGACAUUGAAGAUGAAGGCUUCGAAACUUCACAUUUUCCCGUAAGCCAAGCAGUAUUUUGACCUUGUAUGUGUAAACUGUUGUUUAUAAAAAACAUCAAAUGGAUGAAAACAUGACUUUUUUUGUCUCACUCAAAGUUCAUUGAUUUACAUGAUUCACUUCAUAAUUAACAAUAAUAUUAUUUACUUUAUUUCAUAAUAAUUAAUGAUUGCCUAACAUUUGUUUUCAACUUUGAUUGAGUAGUAGCUUAAAUAAUUAUUAAGAUUAAAGUAACAUGUCACAUCCCUUUACCCAUUUUUAUCAUGACAAGUUACAGUGUAGCAGUUCUACAGUACGUUUCUUAUAAAGUUCUUUGUUUAUCUUGUUUUCCAGGGUUCAUAUUUAAACAUUGCUGAACUGGAGAGAAAAUGCAGAGGUAUAAAACAUAUGGUUGAGUAUUCUUAUAUCUUGAUCUAAUAGCAAAUACCUAAAAUCAAUUUGAUUGAACAAUUAAGCUUGUCACAGUAAAGACCAUUCAAACAUCGGUAUGUUUUUUACUAAGUUUGAGCUUUUUUGCCUUAAGGCCAGCACUUUUGAAAAUCUACAAUUCUAGAGAGCUUUGUAGGAUUGUAGGGAAAGCCAUCCCUCCAAUUUAAACACUUUUCAUUCCUUUUUUCCAAUAAAACUCAAAUUAUUAUUUUGACAGUCUAAAAAUCUAACACAUAAAAUAUUAUUGGAACUAAGCAACCAACUUAAGCAGCUACAGAAAGAACACAUGAAUGGAACUCAAUCCAUUUUUGAGGCCCAUAUAGCAGUCUUUCAAGUGCAGGGGCUCCUGGUUUGAAGUGUGUAAGGAAGAAAAUGAGAGGGAGGGGUUGAUGCAAGGGGUCUCUAUGUCCUUUUUAAUGGAUCUUCAUUGAGGGACAAAAGUGUUGACACACUGCUAUAAAGUAGCCCUUUUUUGUAUAGUGGUUCUAUCUAUCCCCUCCCCCUGUGUACCGCACCUCCUGGCCCCAAAAUCGAUGUUGUGUUUUAGACCCUCAAGUCUUACUUUCAUUACAUACAAUAUUGAUUCGGGGGUAGGUGAAUUUAGGGCAUUUAAACGGACUGAAAUAAAAAAUGAAUGAAAUUGUUGCAUUGUAGAAUUGGUGCAUUGUAGACAAGUGUGUCAACUACUUUUGUCCCUAUUUUAUCUCUAUCUACUAUUGUUAUUGAGCCCGCAACAUCCUACUCUACAGUUAAGCACUCUAUUGACUGAGCUUGUCCUGCCUCAGUCUAAACAUCUGGUUUAAUAUGGUGCGGGAUAAAAGGACUUCUCAUACUUGAUUGGUGCCAGUUUUAGCAACCCAAAAAUGGAUUGCUACUCUUAGACCAAUCAAAGUAGCUCCUAAGAACCCUUGGGGAUAAAGUUGUCUCUCACAAGUAAGGGCAUUGAAAUGAACAUUGGAUUGAUUAGAAAAGUGUUAUAUGAUUCUCUCGAGGCCAGAGGAUAUUCUGAUUAUCUCAGGGAAACAAUCCAAGCAUGUACAGCUGUAUCUGUGUUAUCUGUCAGGGAUAGAUUUUUUUGUGUCUGCUUCAACCUGAGCUGGGAAAACUCUGACUUUUGAGCUGGCUCCAUUAUGCUUUUGAUCGUUUUAAUAUUAGGCGAGGACUGCAAUGCCAUAGCCUGCGAAAACAGCUGUUUCUCCCCGCUCCUCACCACUUAAAAUGUUCGCCAGGAGCUACAUCCCUUGUGGCAAGGAGCAAGGAGAAAUGGGAAAACCCCCUAGCCCCUCCUCCACAUAGCUCCUGCUUUUUCUUCUGGAGUUCAAAUAAAAAUGAAAUUUCCUACUUCCACUUUCAUUAACUGAAUUAUGGUAAACAAAAUUAAUAUGCCAGGUGUGAAUCAUGCAUUAUUUUUUUAACCUGUUUCAAUGUGUUUUUUUUUUUAUCCAUAGAAUUAAGUGCUAUUGAUAGCAGCAACCUCAACUGGCGAAAAUGUUCAAGAAAAAGUGCGGAGAAGAAAGGAAAUAAUUGCAGUAAAAGGUCUUCAAGUUCAUUAGUGGAUGAUAUAUUAAGAAGGAACAAAUUCAAGAAUAGCAAGAACUCAAGUUCAAAGUUAAAAAAUGAAUUUACCUGUCCCUGUCAAAAGUUACAAAACUCAAUGGACUUUGGUGUAAGUUGGUAAGUGUGUGUCACAUGAAAAAAAAACUGGAUUCCUUUGUGUCCUCUGAUUGGCUUGAGAGUGGCUGUGUGAUAAUAUACAGUUCCACAAUUUAAUUAGAGGUAAAUGAAUGGAUGUUAAAUCCCAAGCAAGUUUCUUUUUCCAUAAGCUUGCUUGCUAUGAGCUUUGUCCAACAUUAUAUAACAGUACAAGGUCAAAGAGGAAAGAAAUUACUCCACCCUAAAAAAUGUUAAGUAGCAUUAGGUAGUCACCUUAAUUUCAUGCACAAUAGUCUCAUCUACUUCAAUUAAUUAUUUCUUUAUUUAUUUAAUUGUUUUAUUUUAUUUUACCACUGAAUUUUUAUAGUAGUUUAUUUCUCUUUUGGUAUAUGCAGUUACUGUUGUGUAUAUUGUAGUUCAAUAAAUAAUAUUUUAUCUUUGGUUGAAACUUCAUUUACCUGUGUUUCAAUUAAGUUACUAUUUGCAAGCUUGGCCAAAGAUUAUGACUGAGAACAAGUCCAACAAGUGGCCAGAAUGGGACUCAAACCCAGGACUGCUGGAUUGCAAGUUGGAUGUGCUGAACACUCAGCCACUCUGCCUCCUUGUAAACCAAGGGUAUACAUGAGUCAGACGCUGAACACAGUCCCUCUGGCAUUAAUGUUAGUCGUAAAUUUCUUGUAUGUUGUUGUGACAGUAUAAAUUAUUUUGAAAAUGAAUUUAAAACCGUUCUUUAUAGGAAUAAAAUGACGUCAGAUGACCAAGCUGAGGCAGUUGAAUUGCUAACAAGAGUUGCUUCAGUAACAAUGGGACUUAGAGAACAAAUGGACAUCAUUAGAAUUAUAAACCCUGAGGCAACAGUUCUACCAACAGACACAGAAUUUGAAAUAGGUACAUGUAUUGUUAAUUUUUUAAAGUAAUGAUGAUUUUAUUAUCUUCAUCAUACUUGCUUGCUUAUCCUAACAUGAGAGGCUUAUCAUGUGGUAGUCCCUACCACUGGGGUUGAAUCCUAGGAGUUGUGGGUAGGGGAGGGGGGGGGGGCUACUCCAUUAUAUAAGCUGUAUAGGUAUGUGCUGUAUGAAAGGGUAUGGUUUUUGUGCUUUUUUUUAUCUGGAAACUGGUAUAGACUUUUCCCAUUUUUGUCUGUAAUUGGGUAUGGUUUUUGAGGGAACUACUAAUUCAGUUCCCAACGAAUAAGAAGUGAAAGAGAAUUUGUUGCGAAUUUGUUGUGGAAUUUAAGAAAUCUUUUCCUUGUUGUUCCAAUCUAAGUAAUGAUGACAUAAUUUCUGUCUAUGUAAACAUGUAUUCUGCAUUUGUUACUUCUUCCAGGUCUGAAAAUGGGUGUUGAAAGUGACAAUUUUUGUCUGAACUAUGGUUAUCAUUUGGACAACUGGGUGGUACACCCCCACCAAGAAUUCUUUGGAGUACCCGGGGAGGAGGGGGGGGGGUUGAAUUUUUGUUAGCUGAUUUUAACCAACUCAGGGGGACACUCUUGUGGCAGCUUUCUAUCUCUUGCCUUGGCCAAACCACGGGUAAAUGGUAAACAAAACUCAGUUGCAUCAAAUAAUAGUGCCAUUUAAUAAAAAAUAGCUGUGAAAGCCUGAAACUGGUAUCAAAGAAAGAUUGAAGAAAUGGAACAUUGGUUUCUAUUUAUUUAAAUCAUUCUAAUCAGAAAAACAGGACUAUACCUUUUCAGACAAUCUGUUGCUCUGGGAAAUUUUCCACUGAAAUGACCUUUGAAGUACGUAGUGUUCCAGUUACAAAUGUAAAGUUUCUGACAGAAUUUCCAGAAACAUUUUGUAACGGUAAACCUAGCUUACCUUUAAAUCCUGGUCACCAGGGAUUAAUUUUUAAAGCUGUCUGGAUUCCAACAUUUUUUCUUAAAGCACAACCUUAUAGUUGUAAUACUCAAAGUGUGGUCGGCUAAGGUUCCUUUCUCACACAACUUGCCCUUCACAUUCACACUUCAAAACAUGCCUCAGUGACCCAAAUACGGUAAAAACCCACAUAUAAGAACCUGUUGGGCUAAGAUUGUCCAUUUAGACCUCUUUUACAUUAAAACCUAUUUUAGCCUACAAUUUUGAAACAGGAUUUUAUUUUGAGAAAUUCAGUCAAACACUGCGUGAAUACACAAGUACCAUAUGUUUGUCCCAUCUGCAACACUGAGUACCAUGUUUUAAUGUCUCUUUUGUUCUGCUUAACUUGCAUGGCUUUGUAUAAACUUCGUAAAUGGCUCUAACAUGCUUGAGUUAAAGGAAUUUUUACAAUAUAUUAUGCAUGCAAUACCAAAAAUCGGGCCAAAAUCGCCCACACAUAACAAUGGCAAACACCUUAUUUAUUUUUAAGAAUAGGAACCUGUUUAAGAACCUGAGCAGCCUAAUUUUCCAGUUAGCACCAUUUUUGUACAAUACAAUACAAUAUUCUUUAUUUAGUGAAGGUGACGUAAUAACCCAAUGAGUUAAGAACCUUAUUAGCAUAACUUGGAAAAACUUGAGUUCUUAUAUGCGGGUUUUACUGCAACGCCUGCUGUGCAUAAGGCUAAACAGGGUGCAAAGAAAGUGAUUUUCUUGCCAUUCGGGCAAGCUGAAGCUAGCACAUACUAGCCCAAACGUCAUUUCAACUAGCCCUGAAAACAUUUUGAUGAGCAGAAUUGAUUUCACAGUUCUUCUUUAAUUUUGAAUUCCUCAAAAACUUCACUUGCCCGUCGGGCAAGUUAAGUUCAAAAUUCAUUAGCCCAAUAGCAAAAUCCACUAGCCCCGGGCUAUCGGACACUACUAAACCAGACCAGGCUUGAAGCUCAUCCAGAGGAAGGGGGUAUUUUGUUCAUUUGUGCAUCAUCGUUUAAGUUUUGUGUGGUUACGAAAACCUACUGCUUGAAGAAAUGCUAGCAAAUUACAGAAAUUUUUUUGAAGGUAUCAACAUUUUUCCUAAUCUUGUCAAUACGUGUUUUUAUUUUUCAGACUUAGAUGCAUUUGAUGAUGCAAAAUUCAGUAGAUUACGUGACUAUAUUUCAGAGCAUCUUUGCAGAGAUUCUUGUCUUCUUUGCUUAGGUAAUCUAAUUUGCACAGACCACAUUAUGGCUUCAAAUUUGCUUUUUUUUCUGAAUUAUUGUAGAACUUGUAAAAUGAACAUAGUGUCGCUUGAGGUGUCGAUGGUUUUGUAAAUUAAUUAAAAAUUAUAUGAUUGCAGUUUUUUUAUUCAUUUCUUUCAGAUUCACAAUCAGAAACGUGUAGACAGAAUUCCAGUUUUUCUCAUAGAAAACAUUCCAAGGUAAGAGACAGAUAGGUACUCCUUCUGUAGUCAUAAAUGAGGUUAACUGUACACAAACUUGUUUAUUUUGAUUGUGAUAAAACAAUGUCAUUGCAAACCUCUCAGGGAGGGUUUGCAAGAAAAUUGAAUACAGCAAGAUAACAACCUCAAAUUAACCAAGGGGCAAUUAGGGAAUGGCAAAAUUUGUUUGCUAUAACAAGGUUUUGUUAUGAGGUUUCAGUGUAUUAAUAUUGAUAAUAGUAGUAAUAAUCUUAUCAACAAUAUUUAAUUAUUGAAUUACUGGAGGGCAGGAUUGUAACUUUGGAAAAGCUUAGCACGCUUUUUUAUUAGUCAAGCUGGCUUUUUUGCUUACAGUGUAACUCCACCUUAAAAAUUACCCCAUGUCUUCUUUUUAGAAUAGUGUGAUUUGGUAAACUCUCUUUCAGUUAGUGAAAUUUGGAGGCAGCCACCUCUUAGGGAAAUCUAUUGGUGCAAGUUGUUGAUGACACUCCUUUCACCCACUCCCUUACCUCCUGCAGCUUCCCAUUAUCAUAGCUUCCCAUUUCCCUUGUCCACUGAACCUGUUGUCAGCAGUGAGUGACGCUAAUGUACACUCAUGUGCUGCUACAGGUACCUUAAAAUUCAGAAAAUAAGCCCCUCCAUUUAUAAGCCCCUCCAAAUAUGAGCCCCCCAAACUCGUAAUGCAAAAAAACCUCCCUUAAAUUGCCCCUCCAAAUAUACCCCCCCCACCCAGGAGCUUGUACUUGGAAAUUGCCCUCAAAUACAAAGUAAAACAAAGCAAAAACGGUACAUUUGCUUCCAACUAUAAGGCUAGCCCAAUCGAUUUUGGAAUGCAAAUUUCCCUCCAUAGAUAAGUCCCUCAAACAGGGCCUUUGAAAAAUAUAGGCCCUGGGACUUAUUUUCGGAAUUUUACGGUAUGUUACCAACUGUGAGUUUGUUUUACUGACAGAGGAAACCAAGGGGAACUCUAAGCAUGAAAAGAAUUUCAAGAAAAUCAUCAAAACAUAAAAGCUUACUUAAGCGGGUCCAUCGGCAAAUGAUGAAAGAACAAAGAAGUGGCCUAUUUGAGAAUGAAGAGGUAAGACAGUGACAUCAUCCAUCGAAAAAUAAUCAUCUGGUCAGCAGAAAAGCUAUUUCUCUUAAGAUACCCCAUCAUGAGUGUUGUAUUUCUGGAACCAUUAAAAAUAACUUCACUUCACUCUCAAAACUGAUUCAAUUUUUUAAAUUCUUUUUUCAGGUAAUUUCACUGAGCUCAAGAAAUGAGGAGGAAUCCAAUGACUUGGAAGUUGACAUUCUCUGUUAA